AUGGCGCAGCUGACGCGGGGCCGCAAGUCGCGCAUCCGGCGCCUGGCGGACUCGCAGGAGCUGGACACGUUCAUCCUGCUGGCGAUCAUGUUCAACUGCGUCAUCAUGGCCUUCCCGCCGAAGAUCGUCAACAACGCGACGGACCCCGGCGACUUCUUCUGUCUGGCGGACUUUUUCCUCAACGUCGUCUUCCUCUUCGAGUUCAUCAUCAAGUUCGUCGCCUACGGGUUCGCCUACUUCCGGGACACGUGGAACCAGCUCGACUUCGUGGUCGUGUGCCAGGGCACGCUGUCGAUGACGACGGAGUGCCCGUACAUCUUCGGCCGCAAGGGCAACAAGCUCGCGGCCAUGGGCGACAUCUCGGCGCUGCGCAUGAUGCGCGUGCUGCGGCCGCUGAAGUCGCUGCGCAAGUUCCCGGAGAUGCGCCUGCUCGUGGGGUCGCUCUUCGGCUCGUUCCACCUGCUCCUCGCGAUCAUGGUGCUCACGGCGAUGGCCGUCUUCGUCUUCGCGGUCGUCGCGACGAUGUACUUCCGGGACGCCAUGGACUACCGGUGCCUGCCGGACCCCUACUACGACCCCCUGCGGGGCCUCUUCUACGGGAACCCGCACGCGAAUCUCGCGUACCCCUACAGCGGCACGUGUACCAUGGAGCAGUGGCAGGAGACGCCCGUGUCCUGCUUCGUCGUCCAGCGCAACCUGCCCUGGGGCAACCCGCUCAACGUGACGCACGCCAACUACUUCGACAGCGACCGGAACUACGAGCGCUACUCCUAUAUGUUGAGCGGCGGCCAGGGCAGCAAAAGGGUGCGAAUUUCCCAACUUCAAAGCGCGGGCUGGAAGUUCACGGAGGCGCGCGACCGCUGGCUCUCGGGCAACUACUGGAAGUCGAUCUCGGGCUUCUACCAGGACUACCGCCGCGACCUCGUCCCCCACUACACGGAGUUCCCCUACUUCUCGUCCUUCUGCGGCGACUGCGACACGUGCUACAAGUGCCCGUCGUGCUACAGCGACGACCCGGACACGGAGUGCGACCGGAACAUCCGCGACGACUUCUUCCGGCGCUACGGCGACCCGCGCAACAUCCGGUCGACGUUCCUGGGCGAGGAGCCGGACAUCCCCGCCGACUUCUUCGGCAACCCGCUCGACUACGUCUUCAACGGCACGGACUACGCGCCGUCGUCGUGGAACUACGAGAACAAGGACGGGUCCGUGAAGCACAUCGCCGAGUACUGCGUCGACCUGAAGCUCGCGACGAUAGAGCAGACGGACCCGGACACGGGCCAGAUCUACCAGCCGAAGCUGCGCCUCGGCGGCAUCUACCUCACGCGGAACGCGGGGCUCAUGGACCUCACGGAGCCCCAGCACGCGGACAUCUCCCUGCGCUACGACGUCGCCAACUGCGGCGAGGACAUCCGCCAGGCGAACCGCGUCUUCGAGCCCUACGAGAACAACGCGACGAUCUGCAAGCAGACGUUCGUCGACAGCGGCCGCUUCCCGUCGAACUUCUACGAGGCGUGCGUCAACUACCCCGACGGCGUCACGGAGCACAACUGCCAGAACGACUACAAGGGCAAGAUCGGCGAGCUGCGCCACGGCUUCAUGGGCGACAUCGCGCCGCGCCACAUCUCCGCGGUCUGGUACCUCCGCUUCGACAAGACGUUCUGGUCGCUCCUCACGAUCUUCGACAUCAUGAACAUGGAGAACUGGAACGACGCCAUGUGGAGCAUCCAGCUCUGCGUCGGCAAGUACACCUGGCCCUUCUUCUACGGCGUCGUCGGCUUCGUGAACAUCUGCCUCAUCAACCUCUUCCCCGCGGUCAUGAGCUUCAACCUGCGCAAGGCGAUCCGCGAGGAGGAGAACCGCAUCGCCUACGAGGCCAAGGCCCAGUUCAUGGGCGACGAGAUGCUGACCAUGACCCAGUUCGAGGAGCACAUGAUCGACAUCCUCGCCGCGGAGGAGGAGGACAUCGUCGCGGUCAAGGCCUACGUCGAGGGCCACGCGGGCGCGACGCUGAACCUCAACGCCGUCGAGGAGUCGGACCCCCUGGAGAAUCUCCCGGGCGUGCCCCGGGGCCAGUUCUUCGACAGCCUGCGGUCCAUCGUGCGCCCGGAGACGGGCUACUUCAACACGUUCAUCUACCUGUGCAUCUUCCUGAACCUGCUCUGCAUGGCCAUCGAGCCGCUCCACUCCGACGAGCGCCACAUGAAGAAGCUCCAGCACGCCCUCGACGUCGCCAACGAGGUCUUCGUGGGCAUCUUCGCCUUCGAGAUCUGCAUCAAGAUGACGGCGCUCGGCGUCACGGGCUACUUCUACGACGCGUACAACUGCUUCGACUUCUUUCUGGGCGUGCUGUCGCUCAUGGACGUCGUCGCCGCGGGCCUCAUCGGCGGGGGGUCCACCUUCUCGCUGCUGCGCGUCGUGCGCAUGUUCCGCAUCGCGCGCGUGCUCCGCAUGGCGACGGUGUCGAAGAUCCACCGCAAGAAGUCCAUGAGCGCGUCCCAGCUCGACUUCGCGCGCUUGAUGGGCAUCAUCGCGUCGUCGGCGAUCUGGGUCGUCAACGUGCUGGGCCUGCUCUUCCUCUGCGUCUACAUGGGGUCCAUCGUGUCGAUGCAGUUCUUCGGCGGCGAGGUCUACGCGCUCAACGACUACAGCGAGCAGUGGGAGAAGAAGGGGCGCCUGAAUUUCGACACCUUCACCAUGGCCUUCGUGACGAAUUUUGUCAUUAUUUCCGCGGACGGCUGGAACCAGAUCAUGUACGCGACGAUGGACGCGUGCGGCGCCGUGACGGCCAUCUACUUCAUUUUAUUGUUCGUCGUGGGCCGCUACGCGAUCCUGUCCAUGCUCAUCGCCGUCAUCUUCGACCAGGUCGAGCGCGACUCGAUCCUGGUGAUCAAGCAGUCCGCGCAGACGACGAUGGUGUCCAUCUUCAAGUUCGAGCGGGGCUUGAUGCACAUGAUCCUGCGCUUCAACUUCCUGCGCUGGUACUCGGCGUCGCGGUCCGCGUUUGAUAGUGAUGCCACGGGCAGUGGCGGCGGCAAGGGCAACAUCUCCCUCGCGCCGGACCCGGAGCCGCCGCUGACGCCGUGGCAGCGGUUCAUGUCGAACGAGCGGUCCUACAUGAUCUUCAACCCGGAGAAGCAGCCCCGCAAGUUCAUCAAGUGGCUCGCCUACAGCGAGAUCUUCACGAAUCUCGUCUUCGCGACGAUCAUGGUCUCCGUCUACGUGUUAGCCCUCUUCUACCAGUACCGGAACACGCACUUGGACGCGCGCGACAAGGACAAGUCGAACAUCGCGACGCUCGUGUCGCUGCCGGAGAACUGGCUGCUGGCGUUGAUCAACACGUGCUGCCGCGUCGUCUUCGUCGCCGAGUUUUUGGUGAUGACCAUCGCGGAGGGGUUCCUGUCGUUCAUGUCCGAUCCGAUGAACGUGCUCGACACGACGAUCACGGCCAUCUCGCUCAUCUCUCUGGUCGUGCCCUCGCUGUCGCCCUUCGCCAUCUUCCGCAUGAUCCGCAUCAUCCGCCCCCUGAAGAAGCUCGCGCGGUCGUCGCCCGCGGUCAUGUCCAUCCUGAGCGCGCUCGAGAACUCGUCGAAGGGUCUCACGGCCGUGGGGCUCCUGGGCGCCUUCGUCUGGUCGACCAUCGCCAUCGUCGGGCUCCAGCUCUACAGCGGCCACCUCCACUACUGCUCGGCGUCGCGCUACCCCGAGGGCAUGCUCCUGAAGCCCUUCUCGCCGGACCGCGACCGCCACGUCGGCAAGUCGUACCGCCACUGGCCCUACCCGCAGUUCCAGUACUACGACAGCGCCUACGCCUACCCCGACGAGCCCGAGGGCGACGACGACGCCGUCUGGGCCAACUUCACGCACUCCUACAAGGGCUGGCCGCCGGAGCGCGUCAUCUACCCGCGGAGCAGCCCGCUCGCGAACAACUCGUGGGGCUGCUCCGUGCAGCGCGACCAGGUCUUCCCCCAGUACAAUAGGUUCGGCGACGUCGUCUCCUACGCGGGCUGGUUCGGCAUCAAGAACGCGGAGUACAACUUCGACAACAUCUUCGAGGCCAUCCGGAGCGCGUUUUUGAUGUUUACGUUCGACGACUGGCACAAAUUGAUCCUCCAGACGAUCAACGCGAAGACCGUCGGCCCCUUCUACAACCACGAGUCCCAGGCGUCGACGAUCAUGCCCGUCAUCUUCUUCAUCCUCUCGGGCUGCUCGUCGUUUUUGAUCACGUGCCUCUUCGUCGGCGUCAUCUACGGCACGUUCACGUAUCUACAAUUGACGCGGGGCACGCGGAAGCUCGCCUCGUUAAAGCAGGCCCAGUGGUCCGUCUACGAGAGCAAGCUGAGCUGCAUCAAGGCCACGCAGGAGCCCCAGGAGCCCCGGUCCAAUUUGCUGAUCACGCGGCUCAUGUUCCGCGUCUUCCGCCACCCGAACUACAAGGUCGUCUACGCGUGCCUCAUCUUCCUGGAUAUCUGGGCCUGGUGGAUUUUGGCGGGGUCCCAGAUCCGCCUCUCGACGAAGGUGCAGCAGCGCAAGGACCUCAAGGACUCGUCGAACUCGCACCAGCUGCGGACGAUGCGGUCCAUCGACAACGUCGUCUCCGCGAUCCUGCUGGGCGAGUUCGCGGCCAAGUUCCUGGUCUACGGCUGGUUCACGACCCUGAGUUUGCCGUCGGAGCAGAUGCGCCUCGUGCUGCUCAUCCCCGUGGCCCUCUACUUCUCGCUGGAGAUGAGCCACGGCUGGACGCAGAUGCCGUUCUUCGACGAGACGAUGGUCCAGCGCGGCAUCUACGCGAUGCGCACGUCCCAGGUGUUCCUCAUCGUGCCCCAGUUCGUGGAGCUGCGCAUGGUCGUGCAGGCGCUCAACUGCGCCCUGGGCACGACGGUGCCCAUGGUCGCGCUCAUGACCAUCGUCACGUUCGCGUUCGCGGUCAUCGGCAUGGUCGCGUUCGGCGACACGGACAUCUCGAAGCGCUACCACGCGGACAACGGCACGGAGGCGCGCGUCUUCGGGUCCUACUGGGACGUGACGCGCGUGCGCUUCUCGACGAUCUCCAAGUCCAUGAACACGCUCUUCAUCGCGGCGACGUCGAACAACUGGGUCGCGGUCAAGGACACGAUGAAGCAGGACGUGCCCGAGUCGAACCACAUGCUGCUGGGCCUCUUCUGGUUCGCCUACAUUUUGCUCGUGCGCUUCCUCUUCCUCAACGUCUGCACGCUCAUCUUCAUCUACAAGUACGAGUCGACGAGCCCCGUGCAGCCGUGGAUCGCGAUGCAGCAGGUCGACGAGUUCCUCCAGGCCUGGCAGCAUUUCGACGAGUUCGGCGUCGGGCGCAUCCGCACGAAGUACCUGAGCCGGCUGCUGCGGCUCCUGAGCCCGCCGCUGGGGCUGAGCCGCGACGCGCCGCAGCAGUUGGCGGACCGGCACGCGCGGCGCGUGCUCAUGGCCAUGCCGCUCCUGCUCGAGGUCGAGGUGCUGUCGCGGACGCCGGAUUUGGAGGCGCGCUGGGACGAGGUGAAGAAGCCCUUCUAUAGUCGGGGCAAGCUCGGGUCGACGACCGAGGGCAAGGACGGCGACGACGCCGCGCGGCAGCCGUCUUUGCUCCCGCGCUACCUCGAGUUCACGCACGUGCUCAAGGCCGUCCACAAGGUCGUCAUGUUCCCGGAAUUGCAGGCCUUGCCCGACGACGUGGAGCUGACGUUACGGCGCGAGUACGCCCAGGCGAAGUUGGAUAUUCUGCGGCUGGCGGUGAACCGCUACUGCGAGCCGGCGGUGCGCGCGAUGGACUCGCACGGCAACCGCGUGCCCCAGGCCGUCCUGGAUCUGGCGCUCAUGCAGCGCGCGCGGCCCGACGUCUUCCGCUACCGGCUGCGCCAGGCGCUGACCCUCGAGGCCCACCGCUGGCAGAAGCAGAUCGAGUUCUCGAAGUUCGACGAGGAGUCGUUCUUCGAGUGCGGGCUCCUGAUCAAGUCCAUCAAGGAGGAGCGCCUCUCGGCCCAGAUGCAGCUGGAGGUCCUGCACCGCCUCGCGGCCAAGGGGUUGCUCAUGUCGCUCCAGGAGCGGCGGCCGAAGCUCCACCGCCACGUCACGUUCCUCGCGGCGUUGCUGAACCGCGUCGAGGCCGAGCGGUCCAAGCACGUGCGCAAGGCCUGGCUCGCGGGGUCCAUGAAGCACGAGGGCACGCUGCCCGUGGCGACGAAGCACGCCGAGGGCAAGGACCGCGCCGUGUCCUGCGUCGCCGUCGGCGGCAAGGACGGCGAGCUCGUCGUCACGGCGCACGGCGGGCGCCACGUGACGGUGUGGAAGAAGCGCAAGGACAAGAAGAAGAAGGGCGGCGACGACUGGCGGGCGGCGGCGCGCGAGGAGGAGCGCAAGGAGGAGGCGCGGGACCCCUGGCACUUUUCGCCCUUCUACAAGACGCAGCAGAUGACGGAGGACCUGGGCACGUGCCUGGUCGUCGCGAUGACGCCCGACGGGCGGCGCUUCUUCAGCUCCGCGGGCGAGCAGAUCCGGGGCUGGGUCCAGGGCAAGAAGGUGCGGGGCUUCAAGGGCACCAAAUUCCGCUGCGAGUCCAUCAUGCUCGGCCACGCGGCGGCCGUGACGCGCUUGGUGGUGGCGCACCGCCACGUCUUCUCCGUGUCCGAGGACGGCACGAUCAAGAUCUGGCGCUUCCGCGCGACGGACGCGCUCCAGACGGCGACCGUGUCCUACAGCGCCCAGGCCAUGUCCCUGGCGAUCCUGAACACGACGAAGCCCGGCGUGCCCGAGGACUACCUGGGGCUCCACGCCGUCGCGGGCCUCGGCCAGGGCAGGACAAGGGUGAUUCAACGCCUCGGCGACGGCUCGCUCUGCGUGCUCCCGUUCUCGCUCAAGUCGCAGUGGAUGCAGGGCGCCGUCUGGGAGACGAAGAUCAAGAAGCUCGCCUUCGAGGGCCGCGAGCCCGUGACGGCCCUCGACGUCCAGUACCGCUGCGUCUACGCGGGCUGCGCGACGGGCCGCAUCGCCGUCUUCAAGAUCGUCGCGGGCUCCGAGGACAUGGACACGCUCCAGCAGGCCGCCAAGGAGCUGGAACGAUUGGGCUACGGCAAGUCCGGCGACGCCUUCAAGCGCAAGGGCGGCGGCCUCGACGGCCGCGCGACGUCCAUGCUCCGCGAGGUCGUGCGCCUCGACUACGUUUUUACAUUGGACUGCCACUCGUCGACGAUCACGUCCUUCUGCAUGGCCGGCGGCGUGCUCUUCUCGGCAGCCACGGACAUGGCCAUCGUGUCCUGGAUGAAGCCCGUCGACGAGCGGAACACGCAGUUCCAGGCGCUCGGCGCCGCGGGCCAGGGGUCGCACCGCGCGCCCGCGAUGACGCAAAAGUACUCGCACGCGCGCGUCGUCCACCGCGCGCCCGUGACGGCCAUGGCCGUCGCCGGCGACUUCCUCCUGUCCGCCGACGCCGACGGCCACGUCUGCUGCCACAAGGCGGCCAAGUACCGCGAGAUCGUCGAGUCGAGGCAGGCCGAGGCGGACUCGAAGAACUUCCUCGAGGAGGAGAUUUUGGAGAAGCCGCGCUUCUUCCACCAGCUCGAGAUCUCCAAGAUCUCCGCGCGCCACUUCCUCGCGCACGUCAUCGCGCACUACUACCCCAUCCGCCCCCUGAAGAAGCGCAAGAAGAAGGCGCCGGGCGAGGGCGACGACGACGACGACGACGAGUUCGAGGACGAGAUCGCCGACGACGUCGAGGGCGACGACGAGGAGUACAAGGAGGACCGGGAGAAGAGCGACGACGAGGGCUCGGAGCACGACGACGAGCUCGCGGGCGACUUCGACGGCGACUUCGACUUCGGGGGCGAGGACGAGGACUACGACGACCUCCAGGGCGACUUCGUCGGCGACCCCGUCGCCUACGAGGACGAGGACGAGGACUACUACGACGAGGACGGCAUGUACUUUGGCGACGGCUUCCGCUCCUACCCGGACGACUACGACGACGUCGAGGACGAGGACAUCAUGGAGGACCCCUACGCGGGCUACGACGAGCCGUCGGACUACGCGACGCCCUACGACGACGAGGCCUACGAGGACGAGGCCUACGAGGACGAGGACGAGCUCUCCGAGGACGACGUCCGCCUCGACGUCGGCGAGCACUUCGGCGAGGACGAGGACGAGGACGAGGACGACGAGGAGGAGGAGGACGAGUCGGGGUCGGAGUACGAGGACUAG